GACAGGACACACCUGGACCCAACCGGAACCACGGGGACCCACCAGAACCCAACUGGACCCACCAGGAACCAACCAGAACUAACUGGACCCAACCGGAACCAACCAAAAACAAACUGGACCCAACCAGAAACAAACUGGACCCAACCGGAACCACUCCGUUCUAGCAGGACCUUCAGUAUGUCGUCCCUGGACCCAACUGGACCGGACAGGGACCGACGCAGGAAGCGGGUUCCCUUGAACUGGACCUCCGGUCCACGCUCCGCCCCGAACAGAACCUCCAGCUUCAAGAUGAGUCCGACUCCUCCCAGAACCGUCUUCCCCGACCCGACUGGACUACAAGACUCCCCACCCAAGGCUCCACGCAGGCUGAGCUUCAGUGGGAUCUUCAGGUCCUCCAGGGAGUGGAACCAGCAACCCGUGGCGGCCCACAAGCUGAUUGGACGGAACCACAGAGACAAGGCCAGAGCCCACAGCCAGUUCCCCCCCUCUCCUCCAGCCCUGUCCUCCCACAGGCAGGUGGGUGGUUUCCACCUGGAGACGUACCUGACGGAGCCGCGGCGUCCGGAGGCCAGCAGGCGGCGCUCUUACUCCUCCCCUCCUGACAGCACUCACCUGGCGACCUCCACCUGCAGCCGGCCGCCCUCUCAGGCCCCGCCCCCUCAGGCUCUUCCUCCACCUGCCUCUACCCACACCUGGAGCCAGGUGGAGGUCCCUAGCGGCAUGUCGGAGCAGCCGGAUCAGAUGGACCCCGGAGAUGCCGGGUCCGAGGAGCCGGAGAGAGACAUCUACAUGCGCUUCAUGAAGUGCCACAAGUGCUACGACAUCGUCCCCACCAGCUCCAAACUGGUGGUGUUUGACACAACGCUGCAGGUGAAGAAGGCCUUCUUCGCUCUGGUGGCUAACGGGGUGAGAGCGGCUCCUCUGUGGGAGAGCAAGAAGCAAAGCUUUGUGGGGAUGUUGACCAUCACAGACUUCAUCAACAUCCUGACCAGAUACUAUAAAUCCCCCAUGGUGCAGAUCUAUGAGCUGGAGGAGCAUAAGAUCGAGACGUGGAGAGAGCUGUACCUGCAGGAGACCUUCAAACCUCUGGUGCACAUCUCACCUGAUGCCAGUGUGUUCGAAGCGGUCCACUCCCUGAUAAAGAACAAGAUCCACCGGCUUCCUGUCAUCGAUCCGAUCAGCGGCAAUGCUCUCUACAUCCUGACUCACAAGCGGAUCCUGAAGUUCCUGCAGCUCUUUGUGUGUGAGAUGCACAUGCCAGCCUUCAUGAAGCAGACACUGGAGGAACUUGGAGUGGGAACGUACUCCAACAUUGCCUACAUCCACCCCGACACACCGCUCAUCAUGGCCCUGUCUGUGUUCACACAGCGCCGGGUCUCUGCGCUGCCCGUUGUGGAUCAUAGCGGGAAGGUGGUGGACAUCUACUCCAAGUUUGACGUGAUUAACCUGGCAGCUGAGAAGACCUACAAUAAUCUGGAUGUGACGGUCACCCAGGCUCUAAGACACAGAUCGCAGUACUUUGAAGGCGUCAUGAAGUGCAACAAGCUGGAAACACUGGAGACCAUCGUGGACCGGAUCGUGAAGGCUGAGGUCCACAGGCUGGUCGUGGUUGACGAUGAGUCUCAUAUCAUUGGCAUCGUGUCGUUGUCGGACAUUUUGCAGGCGCUGGUUCUGAUGCCUGCUGGACUGGGGCGGAAGGAGUCCGUCACCUCCCAACCAGAAUCCCUGAACCCAGCGGAACCAGAACCAGCAGCUCCAAAUGGGUCAGACCAGGACCCGGUUCUGGAGCUGGAGGCAGAAAGCAUCCCGGGACCGGCAGGCAAGCCAGAGACAGAAACCGAAACAGAUCACAAUCAGGACCAGGACCAAGACCAGGACCAGGACCAAGAUCAGGACCAGGACCAGGACCAGAACCAGAACCAAGACCAGGUACCAGAAACUGAACUGGACCUGGCUCCCCAAGGAGCCACAGAGGAAGUUCCUGAGAGCGGCCAGCAGGGGGAGCCAGAGGAGGGGAAAGAAGAGAUGACAGUGGUGGAGGAGGGGAAGUGACAUCAUCACAGUGCUUCCCCUUGGACUCUGAUGAUCCGCUGCACGGGGUCAAACCACAGAAGAAGAAUCAGGACAGGCUGGACUGUGAUUGGACUGCUGCUUAGGUGGGCGGAGCCAGACUAACAUGCUGGGGCCAAUCAGAGGAAGAUUCUGGUUCUGGCUGCUGGGCUCUGGAGGAGCUUCAGGAAGUUUGGUUGCCUUGGCAACGACUCGGUCCUCUACCCCCUCCUGGUGGAAGUUUGUCACUGCAGCCUCAUAACAGCCAUGAAGCUCGACCACAACCAGAACCGGGUCACCCUGAACAUCUGGACUUUCUGAUGGUGGAGAAACAUUUGAAUGAGCCAAUCACUAUUGAGCUGCUGCAUCAUUUCCUGUUUCACUGACGUAGCCAAUCACAUGUCGUUACUUUGGUGGAAAAUUACUUAAAUCUGGAAAGUGUCAUUUCUAUUUCCUGCUGUACUGUAAGGGGGCGGAGCCCCGGACAGUUUGGACCAAUCAGAUGAGAGAAUAUUUAACUUUGUAUGUUCAUAUUUUACUGUUCCCAUAGAGAUGGAGAAAUGUAGUAUUUAACAGCUGUGACGUAGUCAUGGUGCCUCUGUGACGUCACAGUUUCCAUGGAGAUGUGUAGUGAGUCACUUUGCUACUGCUGUGAAAACGAAUUAAAACUGCUGAUGUGAGAUCU